CAUGACAUAGACUAGACACAUGACAAGUGAACAGUGAAGUGACAUUCAGUUCGGUUUUGUUUUUAUUUUUGUUUGUGAGCUCAUUUAGUUUUGUUAAAAUGUUGAAAUUCUAUUCAUUUUGUGCAAGAGUGCUUCUUUUUCAUUUGUCUAUUUCUGUAGAGUUCUCCAGCAUGACCUCAUUAGAUGAUCUUCACGUAUAUGAAACACAUGUACCAGCACAUACCUCACUUUUAUCAUUCGAAUACUUAUUUGACGAAAGCCAUCACAUAGAAAAACGGCAAACGGAACUUUCUGUGCGAAAAACCGCUACAUCAAUUGAUACUAAUGGAACAAAUCCACAAGAUGUGAAUAAAUUAACCGAAAUAGGGAGUAAAACCAAUCCGUCGGACGUCGUAGAGGCACCUAAAAUUUUUCCUAGAGAUGCACCAAAGCUCAACACUACAGAAACAAAGUUGCCCAUGCCACUUCUAUUCAAUAAAACAACAAGAGCCCCGCCAGAUCAAACAAAACUCAUUGGCGUGAAUGGAACGGGACAAAGAAAGAAUUAUCCGUCAACAACAGAUAAACCUGUGCUACUCACUCCAUAUCCACCGUCACAUGAUGUAGCCAGUAAUAAAAGUGGAAAACAAAAUUUCGACGAUGUUAUUAGUAAUAUUUCCAUAUCCAAAUUUACCGAGAAGGAACUGAACAAUACUCUUGCACGACAUAACAUCACAAAUGAAACCAUAACCGAAAGUAACUAUUACUACAAUAGUACUUUGAUAACCGAUCAACGUGUGGCCAGAUUCUAUUGGGUGAAUUUGACCCAAUUUGAAAACUCAACGACACACAAGCUUUUGUCUUCUGCUCAUAGAAGGGCAGCUACGGUUACUCUAUCCUUUGACUUUCCCUUUUAUGGUCACAUCAUAAGAAAUAUAACCAUAGCUACUGGUGGUUUUCUGUACACCGGGGACUAUGUACAUGCCUGGUUAGCAGCUACACAAUAUAUUGCCCCUCUAAUGGCCAAUUUUGACACCAGUCUAACAAAUAAUAGCUUCGUCCGUUAUUUGGAUAAUGGUACCGCUUUCACAGUUCUAUGGGAAAGAGUUGCAUUGAAGGAUAGAGCAGACGAAGGCGAAUUCACUUUUCAAACGACACUACAUAAAAAUGGAGAUAUUAUUUUUGUUUAUAGAAAUAUACCUUUGAUAAUAGGAAAUAUCAAGGACGAUCAGCAUCCCGUAAAAGUCGGAUUGUCAGAUGCUUAUAUUAUUGACAGUACCCUUUUCUUUUUAAGAAGAAAAACUAUUUACGAAUACCAUAGAGUCAAUUUCCAAAGAGAAGUAAUCAAAAACGGAACUGUGAUAUUUUUGAAAGCCUUACCUACGUGCCUUGAUGCCAAUAACUGCACUAACUGUUUGGCGAAGGAUUUGCCUUCAUUUCAGUGCGUUUGGUGUCCAGCUCUCUCGAGGUGCUCAAGUGGUGUGGACCGCCACCGACAGGAAUGGAUCAUGAAAGGUUGCGAUCAAACGAGAGUAAUGAACAUGAGUCAAUGCUCACGGUCAACUACGUAUGAUAAUGAUGAAAGCAAAUCGGCUUAUGUCCAUGAAUCAAAUGGUGUAGAUGUGACAGAUUCGACUAGCGCUUUCAGACAACAAACAGACGUGAUUAGAGCCACUCCACCAGAUGAUAUCGGAACUUCAAGUGUAUUAGCGAUCAUGAUUUUGUUUUCAAUGAUAGGAGCUAUCUCAAUGUGGGUUAUCUACGCUUAUAGGAAUCCUCAUACCACUAGUGGCCAAAUGUUGAUAAGGUAUCGACCAACGCAGUGGAGAUGGAAAAGAGGUGAAGCAAGAUACACAGCAGCUACUAUCCAUAUGUGAAUGGUAAUCGUAUUAGAAAGAGGUUUUGUGUAGGGCAAUAACAAAUAAGAAUAAAUAUCAUUUAAGCUUUAAGGUUGUCGAAAAUUAAUUAUUUUUCGGUCAAACCAUCAUAAUGAUGCUUUUUCAACUAAAUUACUUUGGUUCAGAAUUCUAUCUUUGAUUGAGUUCUUAUUGUUGCAAAAUCAUUUCAUCAAAUUUUGAACUUUAUACAAAUUCAUAAGAUUGUUCACAAAUUCUUAUCUUGAUAUAUAUGUUACGGCUAAAGAUAGGUGUGAACAUAAACUUGAGAUUAGCCGGCUAAACUUAGGUUUAGCUUCGGCUAUUUGCUAAUGUUAGUUUCUUUUAUCUUUAGCCGGCUAAACUUGAGUGUAACCACAUUCCAUCGGCUGAAAAUGUAGAAGCUAAUAGAAAAGGAGAAAAAAUAUGGCAAGGCUUGAGGGACGCAAAUUUUCGGCAAUUGAAAAGAAGUGAAGAAAUAGUAAUAUAAUCUAACUAUUAAUGCCACGUAUUUUUGUAUGAAUUUCACAUAUUUGUGUCUCAACGUAAUCUUAUUAGCGAAUCUAAACGCCUGAUUACGAAAUUCAAACGAAUAUGCUACGUUGAUUUUGAGGGAAAACUGAUAAUGGUUAUCUUUCAUCUUGUUAUCAUUAAUAAUUUGCAUAAGAAUUGAAUGAGCAAAAGGAGAGAAUGAAGACAAGAAUGAUGCUGCGAACAAAUUCUGGGGAAAUAUAAGGUAGCAGUACCCAAUCUUUUUGUAGCUAACCGGACUAUUUGGCUGAUAAGCUUUACGAUGACUGCACUUGAAUCCUAGGGAAUGAUUCAUCAAGGGUGGUGACAGGCCGUAUUUUGGAAUCCGUAUGUUGAAUGACUUGGAAAGAAAUUUUUAACUAUAUCAGCUAGAAAAAACUGUUUUCAACUAUAUUCAUGUUCUUAAUUCUUUUUGUUUUUUUGCAAAAGUAUCGGUUGGAAAGAAGUUGAAACAUUAGAAACUAUCUUUUCCAUUUCAUAGAAAAUUUUUCCAUACACCCAAUCAUUCAAUGGUGAGGAAUAUAUACUUUUGUUCACAGAAAAAAAUUUUGUAUGUCUAAUAUCUUAUAUUUCAUUUCCUUGUGAGGUCAUAUUCUGGUUUUUCACAGGACAAAUUACUAUUUACGUUCCUAUUGUCCUGUGAAAAACUAUAUCUAACUCAUUAAAAGUUAAAUUGAAAACCCAUGGGCGUUAUGUAACAAAACCUCAAUACAAUAGUAUUCGAUGCUAUUUUGCAUAUUUCAAUCCUAAAAAUUGAAACAAAAACGUAGCCUCGUGAUUUCGUCUUCUCUUAUUCGAUCAUUCAAAAGACAUCACUCCUCCGCGUGUCCAUUGAAUACAUUUUUAGCCGUUUCGUUUUGGGUAAUGCGCACAUUAGCCGGCUGAAGAUGAAAUCCCCUGACGCAGAUGAGUAUUUUAUCGAACUUUAGCCGGUCCUCCUAUAUAAAAUUAAGUUUAGCUGGCUAAUCUUAAGUUUAUGCUCACAUCUAUCUUUAGCCGUAACAUAUAUAACGUUGAUUGAGGGAAUCGACCUGGUAAAGUAGGCGUUGUUCGACAAGAAAAAACUAACCUCUACAGAAUUUCUCUUUUGGAAAACCAGGUCGAUUCUCUUCUUUGAAUCAAAGUUAUAAAUAACGACCAUUAACCUAGAUACAUUAUGUAUAUGAUUUGUUAUCCGUUGCUGACUAGUUUAAUUGUAAUGAUUCUUAUGCAAAAUUAAUUCUUUUAGUUUUGAGCAAUGUUACCACGGCGAAACUACAACAAAAUUAAAACAAAAGAUUGCGCAACAUGAAAGUAGUAUCAGGACUACUAAAGAUAUACCAGAUAUGGGUGGUCUUAGUAAUAUGGUUUCUUUUUCAAUCCCUUUGGAUUCAAUCAAUAUCAAUAAUUCAAUUUUUUUAUUUCAAUAGAUAUCCAAACUAUGAAAUGAAAAGUGAUAUUUAGAUUCAAACUCGAAAUUCUAAUGAGUUAUUGGCAGCUGAAUAUUCUGUAAUAUAAAUCUGUUGAUGUUCUUUUACAUUCAUAACUCAAUCUAUUAUUGAUAUAUUCUCAUUUUCGUAAGUUAUUAACAAUAUUCAUUUAUAUUAUUCAUACUAACUUGUUAUUUCAUUAUAGUUCUCCUUAUGAAGAGGUAAAUAAAUAUGUAAAUCUCGAAAGCUCUACUGAACAAAAAAGAGUUCACAAUUUAAUCAUUGCUGUUAUCCCACAAAUAAGAAUCAUUACAUUAUGUAUAUAAAUAUACAUAUAUGUUCGAGUUAUACUGAUAGUUUAUUAACACUUGUAAUUAAUUUUUAAAAUGUACAUAAAUAAGGUAUUUGAGAUUGAGAUUUUUGGUUGUAUUUUCUUUUUUAUUGUUAAAUUAUUUUUUACAUCUCAUGUCAUCUCAAACCAUGUUUCCCCAAAAACUUCCAUGUAGGAUCUUAGUAAAAUAAAAGUGUUCGCACAA